AUGGAAGAUGUAGGGCUCUCUCUCCGGCUUAAGGGGCUUUGGAAAGUGUUCAUUGAGGACUCUCUGUGGAGUGGGUUUUUCAAGGCAACAUAUUUUAGACACUCACAUGCCAUGCUGGCUGGGACUCAGGGCAGGGGUUCGAAAGCUUUGCGUAGUACUCUGGCCUUCAAAGAGUUUAUGCUGAACAGGUCAAGAUGGCUACUUGGUUCUGGUAAUACUUACUUCUGGCUGGAUAACUGGACGGGUACUGGUCCUCUUUUAGAUCAUGUCGACAAUCCGCUGCAAAUUGAUCUGAACCUGAAGUUUAAGGAUGCCUGGGAUGAGGGCGGAUUGUGGAGGCAGGAAAUUAUCGAUGCCAUUGACUCAGAAGCUGCUGGAGAUAGCGUUGUUAUACAUAACUUUGUCCCGACUGGGAGGGAUGAUGUGCUAGUCUGGACCCCUUUUGCUGAUGGGAACUUCUCUACCAAAUCAGCCUGGCAUGAAGUGAGGAGUUCUUGUGCGGUGGUUCCUUAUGCGAGGUGGCUCUGGAACCAAACUGUGCCCCUUAAGGUGGUGUUCUUCUCGUGCCCUCGGUGCGAGACCACUGACCACUGCCUGGUUUCUGGUGGAACGGCUGCCAAGGGAGGUUCAGCACCCUUCCAAGAUUGGUGGCCAAGGUUCAGUCAGAAACAGCUUGAUUCUUCAAUGCCUUGGACUUGGGACCCUUCUCCCAGACGGGGCCGCCCCAUUCCGGUGUAUUGGUGUCCCCCUAAUGUAUCUGUGAAGCUUAAUGUUGAUGGCGCCUGCAGAGGAAACCCCGGGUUAGGAGGGGGUGGGGGUGUUGUAAGAAACACGAGGGGAGAGGUGUUGGCAGCUUUCUCCAACUUCUAUGGUUACUAUACGAACUCGAUUGCUGAGUUAAGAGCUCUGAGGGAUGGCAUAGCCCUUUGCCAGGCUUUAGGCUUCAGUGAUGUGGUGGUAAACUCGGACUCUGCUAAUACGGCUAGAAUGAUCAACCAGAACAGGUGUAAUUUGUGGCAGGGUUGGUACUGGUUCCAGGAGAUCAUGUCUUUGGUUUCUGAAGGCCGGGCUUCAGUGGUCUUUGCAUUCCGUGAAAGUAAUAGAGCGGCUGAUUGGUUAGCUAACCUAGCUUGUGAUUCGGGUUCGUCUAUCACUUUCCACCAGGACGAUAUUCCCUCUAGUAAGCUUCAGGUGAUCCUUAGGGAGGACAAGGCAGGCUUGCCGAUGCUUAGGAGCUAG